GCGGGCGGUGGAAUAACGGUCACUGAGUAAUUUUAACGGCUGGGUCGGUCCCAGAGCAUGGAGACGGUGCUCGGGAACUUGAGCCGGUUCGCUGAGGUGCUGGCGGUGGCGCACAGCCCAUGGGCCGCCGACUGGGACGAUGCGGAGGUAAGCCGGGCUUUCCAGUGGGCCGGUUACCUGGAGCAGCUGAGCCGGCGCUUAGAAGGGGCGGGGAGCGUGGCGGCCCGGGCCGCCCUCCGGCAGCGGCUGCAAGAGCAGCAGCGCCUGAGGCCGAGGGCUCCGCCUGAACUGCCGCGGUACCGGGACCUACUCUUGGAGGAGCUGGGCCGCGGCGGCGAGCUGCUGUGCGAGGCGCUGCUGCACAACCCGGCCGCCUCCGCGCCCGCUUUCCACCGGGCCGCCGCCUGGUACCGAUCGGCGGGGUCAGGAAGGACAAGCGGCGGAGGGCCGGAGGCGACGGCGGCCCUCUCGGCGUCGCUGGGGCGGGCCGUCAGGGUGAAGGCGGCCACCCGGUUGCUGCGGCGAGCCUGGGGUUCGGAGCCCCCGAGAGGGAGCGUCGGUGUCGUUUCGGAGACGGGAGGCCAGAUUCUGCGCGAGCGGCUGGAGGAGCGCCUGAUGAUGGAGGGGCGAGAGUUACCGGAGCGGCAGGCGGCGGCCUACGAGGAGCUUCUGCAACGGGCUGUCCCCGGUGGCGACGGUGAGGAAGAACCCGGUUCUUUCCAGCCGCUCGCCGCCUUGUUGCUAGAGACGACUGAAGGGAAUGAUGGCAGCGAGGCGCGGGCCCGGGCCCUGGGCUGGUUGCUAGGAGACGGGCGCGCGCUCGCCACCCUCUGCCGCGCGCUCCCGUGUAGCCAGCUUGCCGCCCUGACCGCCCGCCGCCCGGCAUUCGGCCGCCGCUACCUGCGCCUCCUGCAGCGCUGGGGUUGGGCCCUGCGUUAUGACGCGGCCCGGGCCGAGUGGGCGCCUCCUUCUGCCGAGGAGCCGAGCUGGUGCCGGCUGCUGGAGCACUUCACCGCCCUCUGGCAGGGCCCUCCGCCGGUCAGGGAGGCCGCCGAAAGCGAGCUGCGCAGCCUUAAGGCAGCGGACGGUGACUUCGAAGUGCCGGGUGUCAGUGUCUGGACCGAUCUACUGCUGGAGUUGGCCCAGUGAGGGCCGACUUCUGGAUCGCCAGCAGUAUGCUGGAUGGGAAUCUAAAAUUUAACAUUGGAGGAGCUCAGCAGGUCUGACAGCACCGUGCGGAAAGAGAAGAGCAUUAAUUAACUUUUGAACUCUUAAAGCAUAAAUAACAAGGCCACUCAGCCCCUUCGAAUCUUCUGCCAUUCAAUAAAAUCACGGCUGAUCUGAUUUUUUUAAACUUCAACUCCGCAUUACUGCAUAUCCCCGAUCAUCUUUCAUCCCCUUGAUGAGCAAGAGACCAAUGACCAAAGCGUUGCAAAAUAGCAUCUUUAAAAGUGAACCUAUCUAACUUGCACUUCAUUGGGAUAUACUUGGGUAUUGGCUUGACGGAUGGUGCCAUAAUCUUUGUAACAAAAACAAAAGCGCAGGAGCAACUCAGUAGAUCUUUUGGCAUUUGUGGAGAGAGAAACCAAGUUGCAAUCUCCUGUCUAGUGUUUGUCUUUUGAAAUGUCUGCUAUUCUUAUCAAAACAGUUUGAAUUGGGAUGUCAAGGUUUUGUGUGCAAUUUACCAUGCCUCUCGUGUUUUGGCAAGUGUAUGAAGUAAACUGACUCGUAUUUUUUCCAUAGACCUUGACCAAGUUAGUUUACUCACUGUCACGUGCAACAACAUCGCAGACGUGUGCAUGUUCUAAAAUUUAAAUUUUAGUUUGACUGUUAGUUUUUCUGAGAGAGGUGAUAUGGAAAUAAGUUACAUUGAAACCUUAUUUGAAUCUGGAACACUGAUAAAAUGUACCCAAAGAUAUUAUGGACCAAAGCAGUAAGUGUAGUCCCUCAUUUAUGACAGUAUGAUGAGUAUAUAUGCAGCCUUGGAAAUUCCUAUUUGAAAAGGAGGUCUCAUAGGAUUAAGUAAAAUGAUAAUUGCACUUCCAAUUCACCAGAUGAAGUACAAGCCAGAUUUAAGAUUGCAAAUAGUAAUCUAAAUAUCUACGGUACUUCGAAACGAGCCAAUAAAAUGUUGGAAGGUUUUAAUUCACACUUAAAUUGUAAAUGACAAUACUGCCAUUUUAAAUGUACUGUUUAAAAUUGACCUCUUCCAUCUGAUGUGUCCCAUGUACAAGAUACAGGUGAAGUCACAUUAGGGCUGUUCUCAUCAGAGAUGAAUGAUAGUGAAUCUAACAAAUUUGAUUUUAAGAUUUCAAGGUUUGAGUUUCACUGGCUAACUCAGCAUUUAUUAUUGCUGUAGUCUGUGGCAAUAUAAUGCUGUCUCUUUUCAGCCUGUGGCAAAUCAACUAUCACCUUCUUCAGGUCUCUUCUAGCAGGUCCUUGGAAACGUUUUAUAUCAUUCUGGUGUAAGUUUUUUUUUGUUUUAAGUUAAUUUUUGUUUAGUAAUAUUGAACUUAAAUUGUCACUGACCAUCCUAGGUGCAAAUCCAGACAAGCUCCAAGAUCAAUUUACAUUUUGUCCGACUUACAUUGGUACUGAUUACAUGUUGGUGCCUCUACAACAGAAAUACAAUUGGGAGCAUAGCCUCCCCAUCCUAUUCUUCUAUCCUAAGCUUAUUUGUUAGCCACUUCCUAAUCGUACGCUCUCCUUAAUACAUGCAUAUAUUUAAAGGAGUGUCCAGUGUUUUUACAAACUUUUUUAUUGAAAGAUACAGUGCAUUAAGGUUUUUCCACUGUAACAUUGUGAAACCUUGUUCUCAUAUUUAAGAUGAGGUAUUGAAAAGGAUCAAAUUAACCAGGCAUCAUCAGGUGAAUAGACACUGCAUGGUUUGCAGCUGUUGAAGGUUGGUCACUGCCAUCUUAUGGGCACUUGGGGAGGAACAAUAAUUGCUGGCAGGACAAACAGUACCCACAUUCUGUGAAUUAUUUUUUUAAAAUUUAAAAUGCUGAUGUUAGCUUUGACGUCAUUAGAUUUCAAAAAUGCUUGAAGUUAAACUUUUUAGCUUUAUCUCUUGGUUUGAAUUUUUGAUUCCCUAAUUAAAAUCAGAAUUUAUUUUUCUGGAUUUUUGGAAGUCCUACUGAAACAAUAUAACAACAAAAAGUUAUUCAAAUUGUUGCAGUCUUUUUUCUGUGUAGAAUUUACAGCUCAAUAUUCUGAACCAACUGAUCUAUGGUCUUUAUGCUGAAUUAAAUUGUUCUCCACUCUCUUUACUUUCAUUAACAUUACCUAGUAUUUACUUUUCCCUCACAUACUUGUUUGGCUCCCUUGGAGCUGUCUAUUUAUACCCAUCAAUACUCAAAAUGGCAGCAUACUCCAAUUUCUAACUAAUACCUGAAUUUUUUAUUAGGUCUCAUGAUGACCUCCAGCCAUGAUGCCUUGUUUUUGGGGCUCGGUUACCAGGGAAAACAUUUUUAUCUAAGUGUAUUAUAAAGACUUUUCAUGAUUUCAGAUCUAUGAGAUCAUUACUUUUUGUACAGGAAAGUGCUCCAGCUUGUUCAGUGUUUCUCAAUGAUUUUAAUCUCUGGGUUGUAUUGUCAUCCUUUUUGGCAUAUUUUUGCAGUAUCUGUUUCACACUUCAGACUAUGGCUGGAAUGUUUUCACUUGGAGUAAACUGUAAACUCACCUGUCAUUGCUAGUUUUUGAUUUAGGUGUCAGUUUUGGCUCAAUAGUACCAGUCAUGCCACUGAAUCAGAUGUUUGUGUAUUCCAACUCUGACUCCAUAAACUAUCAAUGGUAUUCAGAAACUGGUUGAUUAUGUAUAUAUCAACAAUACCACAAAUUUUGUUUUGUUAUCUUAGAAAUUUUAGGCUCCAGAGAUAUGAAACACUGAUCCAGGUGUGGCCUCAGCAAUGGCCUAUACUAUCAAAAUAAUUUAUUUUUCGUGUACGAUAUUGGUUAUUUGUGUUUAGCAAUGCGAUUUUUAAUGUUGAAGCAGUGUUUGGCAUUGCUGUUUAUAAAUUGAGGAAAAUAUUGAAAUCUACUUGAAGUAGAAUAAAUUAAUAAAACAAAAUGCUGGAAACUGGUCUGGUAGCAUCUGUGGGGAGUGUAACUUUGAUCUUUCAUCAAAAUUGGCCAGACAUGAAACCUCAAGUUAAAAAUGCAAUUGCUUUUACAUGGGAGAAAUGGAGAGGAAAAAGACAAAUGGAUGGAGCAGCAGCUAGAAAACUAUCUUGCAGAAAACUGCUGGGACAGAGCCAAAGAGUAGUAAUGGGUUAAGAAACAAAAGAUCUGUCUAGAGGUUGUUUGAAUAGCUGAAAAAUGAUUAACUGCCACCUAAAAGCUAAGCAAGGCGGGGGCAAAAAAACUCUAUUCUGACCAGUGGGGGGAAAAAAACAAGAACACAGAUCAGGGCAUGAAAUUGUACAAUGGCAGUAUUAUAGUGGUAAUGUCACAGUGAUUUAGAACCUCU